AUGAAUGCACGUUGUUUGUUCACAGGUUCACCACCCUUAACAGGAACUGGCACGGUACGCGUCAUUGUUCAAGACAUCAACGACCACAGUCCGGAAUUUGAACGCCAAUCAUAUCGAGCAACGGUUUCUGAAAAUCUGCCGGCAGGUACCAAAGUACUAUCGCCUAUUGCGCACGACAAAGAUACCGGUCUUAAUGCAAAAAUACGCUUCAGCUUGUUGGGAGAGAAGAUGGAAAGGUUCAACGUGGAUGAAAACACUGGAGAAAUUAAAACAGCUGUGACUUUAAAUCGAGAAGAUACACCUUCAUAUCAUUUUACAUUGAUGGCUCAAGAUUCGUCAGCUACCGAGCCAAGAGCGACAGCUGUUAACUUCACAGUCAUUGUUCUUGAUAUCAAUGAUAAUUCACCAACAUUUGAGAACUCUGCAAUCACUGUCAGUAUUCCAGAUCGAAUUAAGACGGGACAAUUUGUAUACGGUGCAAAAGCGAUUGAUCUCGACGAUGGAAUAAACAGUAAAAUUGUUUAUUCGAUAAGCGGAAAAGAUGCAAAUAAGUUUAAUAUCAAUUUGAACACGGGAGUCAUUAAAUCAGCAGAAGAAUUUUCACUCAAUGGUCAAGGCACAGACAAAAUCUUCAACAUCAUAAUUCAAGCUGUUGAUCAAGGACAUGAACCAAAAUCAGCGAAAUGUGAAUUGACUGUGGUUCUUAGACCAGCACAUUUAUUCCCAACAUUCUCAUACAUGUCAGAAACGCAAUUCAUUUUAUCAGAAGACGUUGCUGAGAAUAAACUCGUGACAAAAAUUCAAGCGACAUCACCGAAGAAAGGUCCAAUUGGAACAAUCAAAUAUUCAAUUGCUGGUGGUAACAUUCGUGAUGCUCUUAAAAUUGAUUCAUCGACUGGUGAUGUCACUGUUGGUCAUGGAAGACUUGACUUUGAAACAUCACCGCAAUAUGAAAUUUGGGUUGAAGCAUCAGAUUCGGAUCGACCAAGUCUACGUAGCGUAAUGAAGCUUUUGAUUAAUGUAACUGAUGCUAAUGACAAUGCACCGAUAAUGGAGAAAAUGUUGUAUAAUGCUGAAGUAAUGGAAGAAGAACCACCGCCUCAAAUGGUCGCUCGUGUUCGUGCAACUGAUGCUGAUUCCGAUGAAAAUGGACAAGUUUCGUAUCGUUUGGUAAAUGAUUUCGAAAGUGCUUUUGAAAUUGACUCCGAUACGGGUGAAAUCUUCACCAGCAUGAGACUUGAUCGUGAAGAUAUUGCAAGCUAUGAAUUGACAGUUGAAGCUGUUGAUCAAGGAAUGCCACAAAUGACAGGAAGUGCAACAGUUCUAAUCACUGUUCUUGAUAAGAAUGAUAAUCCUCCAAGAUUUACAAGACUCUUCAGUGUCAACGUUACAGAAAACGCAGAGAUUGGAGUGUUUGUAAUCAAAGUGACUUCAUCAGAUCUUGACAUUAAGGAAAAUGCUAAUGCCACUUACAACUUCACAGAAAAUCCUGGCAAUAAAUUUGCAAUUGAUCCCAUCACUGGUAAUGUGACAGUCAUUGGACGAUUAGAUCGUGAACAACAAGAUGAAUAUAUUCUUAAAGUUGUAGCUGUUGAUGGAGCGUGGAGACAAGAAACUCCUUUGACGAUUACGAUCCAAGAUCAAAACGAUAACGCUCCAGAGUUUGAACACAGUUAUUACAGCUUCAAUCUUCCUGAAUUGCAACGAAACAUCGCAUUUGUUGGACAAGUCACAGCAACAGACCGAGACAAGCAAGGUCCAAAUUCUGUCAUUUCUUAUUCACUGCAACAACCAAACGAUUUAUUCACAAUCGACCCAGCAACUGGUGAAAUUUUCAGCAAACGAACGAUCCAUUAUCGACACUCACAACUUGAAGCAUCGCCUGAAAAUAUGUACGCAUUAACUGUUCUCGCAACAGACAAUGGAAAACCACCGAUGUACUCUGAAUGUUUGGUGAACAUCAACAUUGUCGAUGCCAACAAUAAUCCUCCGAAAUUUGAGAAACGCGAAUAUCUUUCACCUGUUCCAGAAGGUGCUGAAACUGGUCAGAAAGUCAUGCAAGUUCAGGCUAAAGACGUUUUAGACUUUGGUGUAAAUGCUGAGAUUGAUUACAUUGUGACAGGUGGUAAUGGAAGCAGUAAUUUUGUCAUCAGUAAGAGUGAUGGUUGGGUAAGCGUUAACAAGCCAUUAAAAGUCGGACCUGGAGCUAUUUAUCAGUUGGCCAUUCGUGCUGUCGAUCGUGGUGUUCCACCUCAAUAUGAUGACGUCACAGCAACAAUUGUCGUAGCUGGUGAAAAUCGAUUCUCGCCUGUUUUUACUGCUUUGAGCUAUCAAGUGAUUGUGCCUGAGAAUGAACCAAUUGGGUCAACGAUUCUUGUCGUGUCGGCAUCUGACAAUGAUGAUGGUCCCAAUGGAAUGGUUCGUUAUUCAAUAUCUGGCGGUAAUGAACGUAAAGAGUUUGCAGUUGAUCCACUUUCUGGAACUGUCACCAUUCUCCAAUCUCUUGAUUACGAUGUCAUUCAGGAGUAUCAUCUCAAUAUCACCGCUGAAGAUCUUGGAUUUAAGCCAAGAAAUGCUGUUGCAAUGCUUCGUGUUACAUUAACAGACAUCAACGAUAAUCAACCAACCUUCAAUCAAAGUGAAUAUCACGCAUAUUUGUCGGAGAACUCACCAGCAAAAACGUUUGUUUAUAAAGCUCAUGCAACUGACAAAGAUUCACCAAAGAAUUCAAUCAUUCAAUAUGCAAUCACUGCCGGUAGUGGCAAAGAUUUCUUUACAAUUGACAGCAAUACUGGCACAAUAACAUCGAGAAUUAGUUUCGAUUAUGAAGAGCAAAAUAAAUAUCAAAUUGUUGUGAAAGCUUCAAAUCCUGAUUCGCCAAUGUCGAGUGCCACUAAAAUAACAAUUCACAUCACUGGCGUCAAUGAAUUUUAUCCUCGAUUCAUUCAACCAGUUUUUCAUUUUGAUGUGUCUGAGUCAGCUGAAGUGGGCACAAGUGUGGGAUUAAUUCAAGCAACUGACAAGGAUUCUGGUGAAGAUGGUAAAGUUUAUUACCUUCUAGUGGGCUCAAGUAACGACAAAGGUUUUAGCAUAAAUGCUGAAAGCGGCGUUAUGUUUGUAUCACGCAAUCUCGAUCGAGAAACGCAAUCGCGUGUUGUUUUGACUGUUAUGGCGAAAAAUUUUGGUGGAAUUCGUGGAAAUGACACCGAUGAAGCUCAAGUUAUAAUUUCAAUUCAAGAUGGUAACGAUCCACCCGAAUUUCUUAUGCCUUCAUAUGAAGCAGUUGUAUCAGAAGGUUCAACGGUUGGUGCGAAAGUUGUAUCGGUUAAAGCUGUUGACAAAGAUGUUCGACCACAAAAUAAUCAAUUUGGAUAUUCAAUUAUUGGUGGCAAUGUCGAUCAAGCUUUUAAAAUCGAUCCACAAACGGGACAAAUUGAAACAUCAAGGAAGUUAGAUCGUGAAAAAACUUCAGCUUACUCGUUGAUUAUCGGUGCCAUCGAUACCGGAAUUCCACCUCAAACUGGAACAACAGCUGUUAAAAUCACAAUCAGUGACAUCAAUGACAAUGGACCAACAUUUGAAGCCAGUAACUUGAUUGGAUUUGUGUCGGAAAAUGAAGCACCAGGCACAAGUAUUAUGACACUUUCAGCUACUGAUCCUGACCUUCCACCAAAUGGUGCACCUUUCACUUAUUACUUGAUUGGUGGAAAGCACAAAGCUUUGGUAAGCAUCGAGAAACAUUCUGGUCUGAUGAAGACAACGAGAUCAAUUGACCGAGAAGCAACACCACAACUUGAAGUGAUGAUUGAAGUUGAAGACAAUGGCAAACCAAAAAUGCGAUCGCAACACAAAAUUACAAUAAACGUUUUGGAUCAAAAUGACAGUCCAUCGUUGCCUCGAGUAGCGCAUGUUUUGAUUUAUGCUUUUAAUGGUAAAAUUCCUAAUGGAAAAGUUGCAGAUGUUCAUCCUAACGAUCCUGACACGACUGGAGAUUAUAAAUGCAAGAUUAUAAAUUCACCAGCGAAAAGUGGAUCUUUGACUAUUGUCGAUGGUUGCAAUCUUCAAACAACAUCAAGAACGAAGCCGCAAGGAUAUUCAUUGUCAAUUUCUGGUAAUGACGGUAAACAUUCCGACGUCAUCUCGACAAUCACGGUUGAGUUCUUAAACUUUGACAACAACACUGUCGCUAAUUCAAUUACAAUUCGAGUUGAAAACAUGACAGCUGCAAAUUUCCUCACAAAUCAUUAUCGAAGCUUUCAAGACAUCAUCAAAGCAUCAAUGGAUAAUGGAGAUGAAGUUUCACUUUAUAGCAUAAGAGAAACUCAAGGUGGAGUUGAAGUGACGAUUGCUGUUAAAUUUUCAGCUGGUUAUCAUUCAACCAACUACAUCACUGAUAAAAUUAUUAAGAAAAGAGAUGCCUUAACACAACUUUUACAGACAAAAAGCUUGACUAUUGGUUACACACCAUGCGAUGCUAACACAUGUGAGAACGGCGGAAUAUGUUCGGAGAAAAUAAAUGUCAGAGAUGAAAUUCGCAUCACUGACAGUCAGAAUUUAAUUUUUACAUCGCCACUUGUUUCUCAUGAUUUCAAUUGCAAAUGUGCUGAUGGUUUUAUGGGAUCAAAAUGUGAUAAGCGGCAAGAUCCAUGUGCACCAAAUCCUUGUCAAGCUGGUGGUCAAUGUCGUAGACAAGGCUACGAUUUCCAAUGUUCUUGUCCAUUAAAUCGAGAAGGAAAAUUGUGCCAAUUAGAACGUGGUGAUGCAUGUUCUAGUAAUCCUUGUAAAAAUGGUGGGUCUUGUCGUGAAUCGCCUCAUGAUGGAUCGACAUUCUUCUGCUUAUGUCGUCCCGGAUAUCGUGGCAAUCAAUGUGAGACUGUCGCUGAUUCUUGUAGACCAAAUCCUUGUCUUCACGGUGGCUUAUGUGUUAGUCUUAAACCUGGAUAUAAAUGCAGUUGCAUUGAUGGUCGUUAUGGUCGUCAUUGUGAAAGGGCAACAUACGGUUUCCAAGAACUUUCAUUCAUGCAAUUCCCAGCUUUAGAUGCAGCAACCAACGACAUUUCAAUCGUCUUUGCAACAACUAAACCAGAUGCUCUUUUGGUCUACAAUUAUGGCGUCCAAAGUGGGGGAAGAUCAGACUUUGUUGCAAUGGAAGUUGUUGAAGGAAAAGCUGUGUUCUCUUAUGGUGGUGCACGUACAGCAGUCACGUCGAUUGUUGUCGGUGGAUCAUCACCAAAUGAAUCUUUAUCUAAUGGUCGGUGGCAUAAAGUAACAGCUACAAGAAAUGGUCGUGUGAUGUCAUUAAGUGUCUCCAAAUGUACUGAUAAUGGCGAUGUUUGUGAAGAGUGUAGACCCGGAGAUUCAACUUGCUAUUCAGAUGAAGUUGGUCCUACUGGAACGUUAAACUUUAACAAGCAUUCACUCUUAAUUGGUGGUUUAUCAUCGGCUGAUCCGGUUUUAGAACGACCUGGACAAGUGCAUUCGGAUGAUCUUAUUGGUUGCGUGCAUAGCGUGUCAGUUAAUGGAAGAGCUUUGAACUUAAGCAGCCCAAUAAAGUCACGUGGAGUGUCUCCAACAUGCAAUAGAAACAACAACGGCGGUCCAUGUUCACAAGGUCAUCCUGACGAUCCAGCUUUAUCACUUUGUGGAUCAUUUGGUGGUUGUUUAGAUCGUUGGCAUACAGCAAUGUGUAAAUGCGGUGGAAAUCUUUUAUCUCCCGACUGUUACACUUCAGUUGAUCCAAUUUCCUUGGUCGAAGGAGGAUUCAUUGAAUUUAAAAUUUCCGAAAAGCACAGACGAAUGCAAUUACUUGAGAAUAUCUACAGUGGCACAACGAUUUGGAAUGUCGACUUGGGGAGACAAAAACGAUUCUCAAUAAAAGCGGACAACAUUUCAAAUCUUGUUGAAGUUGAAGAUCCUCCGAAAUCGAUGAGUGUUCGAUUCCGAACAGUAAAAUCUGAAGGGCUUUUAAUCUAUGCCGCUACUAACAAGCAUUACACAUCAAUUGAAUUACGUGAUGGUCGCUUAAUGUACAUUAGUAAGCAAAACACUCAGAUCAACAUGACAUCAUCAAAGAGCGGUUAUUUAGCUGAUGGAAGAUGGCACAACUUAACUCUUUACGCCCACAACAGAAUUGUUCAAGUGAUUAUUGAUGGACAUUUGUAUGGUGAUGAGUUAGAUUCAGCUGGUGUUCAUGAUUUCCUCGAUCCUUAUCUAACUGUUCUAUCAAUUGGUGGUGUUCGUCGAGAACUUUUCCCUCAAGAUGCGACACCGCCAUCUUUUGAAGGUUGCAUUGCAAACUUCACCAUCAAUAAUGAAAUUCAACCAUUCAAUGGAAGUGGAAGUAUCUUCAAAGAAGUUCUUCAACGCGGCAAAGUAUUCUUGGGAUGUCAUGGCUUAAUUGGACUUGGCGAAGCUCAGGUCACCGAUCCACUUUCAAUCGGCAUUACACUCGUAAUAGUUUUCUUCGUGAUUCUUCUUGUAGCCAUUCUCGGUUCAUUUAUUGUUUUUCGUUUACGUAAACAACAAAAAGAAAAACAUGGAGCUGGUGCAUUGCAUAGCAAACAAAACGGUGCUUCAACUCUUCUUGGUGGAGCUGGCUUAGUUGGAUCAGGUAAUAAUGUUGAUCUUGGACGUGGAAUUCAUGACAUGUCAGGUGUUGGAUUCCAUUCAGAUUCUUCACAUCAUGGCGGUCAUCAUCUUGUUGCACCUGAAUUGAUUUCAAAAAAAUAUAAAGAACGAGAAAUAAAUUCAGCUGAACCACAACGUCCACAAAGACCGGACAUUAUAGAAAGAGAAGUUGUCAGUAAAAGUCCGCCACCUUUGAGAGAAGCAUUGCCGCCACCAGGUUCACAUCAUCCACAUGAUCAUCUUGCGAACAUUGAUCAAGGUUCUGAGUUCCCAGAACAUUAUGAUCUUGAAAAUGCAAGUUCAAUUGCACCUUCGGAUAUUGAUAUUGUUUAUCAUUACAAAGGAUAUCGAGAAGCGAGUGGUGUUCGACAUCAAAAAUAUAAAGCAACACCACCGCCAACCUCAUACACACAUCACAAACAUCAAUCAUCAGCAACACAACAACAACACAGACAUUCACCACAUCAUGUUGGUCCAUAUGCACCACGUGCACCACCGCAGACUAGUCAAGCUCCUACUGCAACUCCACGACCACAUCAAAGUACUCCAUUAGCGCGACUUUCACCAAGCUCUGAAAUGAGCUCUCAACAACCAAGAAUUCUUACUCUGCAUGAUAUCUCAGGGAAGCCAUUGCAGAGUGCACUUUUAGCCACCACAUCGUCAUCUGGAGGUGUUGGUAAAGAUGUUCUUCAUAGUAAUAGUGAGAGAAGUUUGAAUAGCCCCGUGAUGUCUCAAUUAAGUGGUCAAAGCUCGAGUGCAAGUCGAAAGAAUCCCGGAGUUCCACCAAAAACACCCAAUGUUCCAUCAGUUGGAAAUGUUUCUAUGGGAUUGACAGCUGAAGAAAUUGAGCGACUUAAUGCUAGACCAAGAACUUCAUCACUCGUUUUUACACUUGAUGCAGUGUCGAGUAGCAGUGAAGCUCCGCAUGUGCCCGGUCAGCAUUUAAAUCAUCUUCACCAUUCACCAGUUGUCGACAAUCACAGUUCAACAUCAUCAGAUGAGAGUGGAAAUGACAGCUUUACAUGUUCUGAAAUAGAAUAUGAUAACAACAGUAUAAAUGGUGACAUGAGACCGAAGAGAGAUGAUGACAGAAGUGGUAAUGACAAUAGCACUUCGAAUAACUCAAAUAAACCGCACAUUCCUCCACCUUCGUAUGAUGGCUUUGAUUCUUCAUUUCGAGGGUCACUUAGUACAUUGGUAGCAUCUGAUGAUGAUUUAUCAACGCACAUGGGUGGAAUUUAUCGUCAACCAAAUGGCACGUCACCCUCAACAACAACACUUGGUUGGGAUUACUUGUUGAAUUGGGGACCAAACUUUGAAUCUCUCAUGGGAGUGUUUAAAGAUAUUGCUGAACUACCCGACACUGUUAAUGUUAAUGGACGUGCUGUUCCUAAUUCAUUGAGAAUACCAGCAAGUGUACAAAAUCCAUCCGAAGAAUACGUCUGA